AAUGUUUUCAUUGUUCUUCUUCCUCUGCCAUUCAUAUCACUCUUCUAACAUAAACUCUGUCCAAAACCAAAACCACCGCUUAACUCUCUUUUUAUCUUUUCCCAAUCUUAUCCAAAUACUUUAAUAAUAUUAAACUAUUUUUUAUUUUCUACACCGUCCAAUCAAAAACCUCUAAUAUUUUUCUUCAUUAAAAUGAACCAAAAUGUUCAAUCUUCAUCGGUUUUUUGCAUUCAAAGAUAGAUUUUCUUCAAUCCGAUUUUCGUAAACAAUCUCAUAUAUCAUAUACUCUCUUUCAAUUUUCUGAAUUUUUCUUAUUUGUCAAUUUUUUGUGUGUUGUUGUUUUUUACAAGAUAGUGCAAAAAAUUUGGACUUUUUCAAAGGGUUGAUCAGAAAUGGUGUUAGAUAACGACCCAGUUGAGUCUUUUUUCAAUUCCAUUCAAGUUAUGAAGGAAUCACUGUCACCACUUGAAGUGGGUUUUCGCAAAGCUGCAAAGGAUUUUGAGCAUUGUUUUGCUAAGAAUAAGACACAAGGUGUUUGUUUAAUUGCUCAAGUGAAAGAUGGUGGUGAUUUUCAGAUCUGUGAUGUUAAGAAGAAAAAAGGGUUGUCAAUGAAAGUUCCUCUGAAGGCUUUUUUGGGUAAGUUUUCACAGAAUUCAGAAAAAUUGAAUAAAACUCAAGUGGUUAAGGAGAAUGAGUCUUCUUGUAGUAAUUGUUUGAAGUUUUCUGUGACUUGGUCUUUGUUGGUUAGUGGGUUUAUUCAGUCUUUGCCAAUUCCUUUUAAAUCUGUGAAGAAGAGAGGUCAGAAAGUGUGUGAUGAAGAUAGUCAUAAGGAGAAGUGUUCAUGCAUGAAACCAAGUUUAUCACCAUGUGAAAUGAAGCAUAAUGAGUCAAAGGGUAGAACAAUUAAGGAAAAAGUUGUGAAGAGGAAAGAUGGAAAAGAACAUGUUUCACUUGAAUGUGUUAUAGGUUUUAUCUUUGAUCAGUUAUCUCAUACACUUCAGAGUCUUGAUCAAGGAAUCAAUGGAUUGCAAGAGAAAAAUGAUGAACUUGAGUGUGGGAAGGCUUCAUUGGAUUCAGCUCCUUUUGGUCAUGUGAAUGCAUUCACUAGCUUCUUGGAAGGGCAUAAAGUGGAUGUGAAUGGUUUCUUGGGGAAUUUGAAUUUUGCAAAGGUGGGUGGUGUGCCAUCAAGUGUAGCUGGAGAAGAAAUUGCUUCACAAAAUGAAAUGGGAGAUAGUGCUAAUGAUGAAACUAAAGAAGAAAGUGUGGGAAUUUCGGCGCAGAAGGUUGCUUCUAACAUAUUCAGUAUUCCAUUAACGAAUGUGGAGCGUCUAAAGACUACACUUUCCACGGUUUCAUUGACUGAGUUGAUUGAAAUGCUACCGCAGCUCGGGAAAACAACGAAAGACCAUCCUGAUAAGAAGAAGCUAUUCUCUGUACAAGAUUUCUUUAGAUACACAGAGUCUGAAGGGAGGAGAUUCUUUGAGGAGCUGGAUAGAGAUGGUGAUGGCCAAGUAACUUUAGAAGAUCUCGAAAUUGCAAUGAGAAGGAGAAAGCUUCCACGAAGAUAUGCUAAAGAAUUCAUGAGCCGUACUAGAAGUCACUUGUUUUCUAGGUCUUUUGGUUGGAAACAAUUCUUAUCAUUCAUGGAACAAAAGGAGCCUACAAUUCUUCGUGCAUACACUUCUCUGUGUUUAACCAAGUCUGGGACAUUGAAGAAAAGUGAAAUAUUGGAGUCACUAAAGAAUUCAGGACUGCCUGCAAAUGAAGACAAUGCUGCUGCUAUGAUGCGAUUUCUAAAUGCAGACACAGAAGAAUCUAUUUCAUAUGGACAUUUCCGCAAUUUCAUGCUUCUGCUUCCCUCGGAUCGUCUUCAAGAGGAUCCUAGGAGUAUUUGGUUUGAAGCUGCAACUGUAGUUGCUGUUCCACCAUCCGUCGAAAUUCCUGCUGGAAGUGUUCUAAGAUCUGCAUUGGCCGGUGGCCUUUCUUGUGCCCUGUCAUGUGCAUUACUGCAUCCAGUUGAUUCAAUCAAGACUCGAGUACAAGCAUCAUCCAUGUCCUUCCCUGAAAUAAUUGCUAAGCUGCCAGAGAUUGGGACGCGUGGUUUAUACAGGGGUUCAAUCCCUGCAAUUCUUGGACAGUUUUCAAGCCAUGGCCUGCGAACUGGGAUAUUUGAAGCAAGUAAAUUGGUGUUGGUAAAUGUUGCUCCAAACUUACCUGAACUCCAGGUACAAUCUAUAGCAUCAUUCUGUAGCACAUUUUUGGGAACAGCUGUGAGAAUUCCCUGCGAGGUGUUAAAGCAGAGAUUGCAGGCUGGUCUUUUCAACAAUGUGGGUGAGGCUUUGGUGGGGACUUGGCAGCAAGAUGGUCUUAAGGGUUUUUUUCGUGGAACUGGAGCCACUCUUUGUCGAGAGGUUCCAUUUUAUGUUGCUGGCAUGGGGCUUUAUGCUGAAUCAAAAAAGGGUGUCCAAAAACUAUUAGGGCGGGAACUCGAGGCCUGGGAAACAAUUGCAGUCGGAGCUUUAUCCGGUGGCUUGGCAGCUGUUGUUACGACGCCGUUUGACGUCAUGAAAACUAGAAUGAUGACCGCACAGGGUCGAUCUGUGUCAAUGUCCAUAGUAGCCUUCUCUAUACUCCGUCAUGAGGGACCCCUUGGCUUAUUCAAAGGAGCAGUUCCUAGGUUCUUUUGGAUUGCUCCUCUUGGUGCCAUGAACUUUGCAGGUUAUGAGUUAGCAAGGAAAGCCAUGAAUAAAAACGAUGAGGCUAAGACCGGAAAUUUAGAGUAAUGUGUCACAGUCUCAUGGAAUUUUUGGGUUUCUAUCAGUGAGGCGAUUGAUGCUUGCUCUGAAAUACACAUUUUGUUUCCUUUUGUUCAUUUUAUACUUUUGGAGUCUGCCAUUUGUAGCAGCAGGUUUUCUCUUUUGAAAGAAAAAUAUUCAUGUUCUGCUUUGCUAACUAAAAAGGUUCAAUUUAUUUUCUUCAUAUGAUGUACAGAUUUUGUUAAUCUUCUGUAACUUUCAGCUUUCGUCGUUUGUUUCUUGGUUCA